CGGAUUAAAUCUAAUCCCGUGUCGUGCGUCCCGAGACAUGGACUUGAACGUCCGAGACUUUCGCGUCUGAAUCGAAAAUAUAGUAAAGUGCGAGCCUAACCGAGUGCGAGAAUCGAAAAACGGACAUGAGCACGCAGCGAUUCGAUUGAACCACUCGAACGAUUCGCGCGGCCGAACUCGGAACGAAUCGCGAGCGCGAGUUUCCCGGCCCGGCCGCUCGCGCGAGUGAGGGCGGCAGUAUCGUUUCAACCGUCGGUCUGUGCGGUCGCUUUUGCGGCGUAGUCUGUGAUUUUUAGUGUAGCUCCAGAUAAUCCAACUUAAUCUACGAUGGCGGACCAACUGACAGAGGAACAGAUUGCCGAAUUCAAAGAGGCGUUCUCACUGUUUGACAAGGAUGGUGAUGGCACCAUCACCACCAAGGAGUUGGGCACCGUGAUGCGCUCGCUGGGACAGAACCCUACAGAGGCUGAGCUGCAAGAUAUGAUCAACGAAGUUGACGCAGACGGCAACGGCACGAUAGACUUCCCCGAGUUCCUGACGAUGAUGGCGCGCAAGAUGAAGGACACGGACAGCGAGGAGGAGAUUCGCGAGGCGUUCCGUGUCUUUGACAAGGACGGCAACGGGUUCAUUUCGGCCGCCGAGCUGCGCCACGUGAUGACCAACCUCGGCGAGAAGCUCACGGAUGAGGAGGUCGACGAGAUGAUCCGCGAGGCUGACAUCGACGGCGACGGACAGGUCAAUUACGAGGAAUUCGUCACCAUGAUGACGUCGAAGUGAGCCGCCGGUUAGUGUGUGUGUAAAAAGCAGAGAAUUUAAAUAUACAUUUUGUUUCAUGACACACAAUAUUACCAUCGUUAUUGGACCUGCAUUUCUCUAGUGUUUGCGAUAAAUUAAAUAUUGUCAUCGUUUCAGUUUAAUGGUAUAAUCGUAUCGUGUUGUAGCGGCGCGGGC